UUAUCGCAUGGGUGGUAGCUACCAAUGGCCCUCUUUGGAAGACGUUGUUCAGUUCAGACUCAAAGUGCGAAAUGUCAUCCGGAAGGUUAUUGAAGCCACACCCCUCGAACUUCCAGUGACCCAAGAUAGUAAAUGGUGGGGCCUUUUCAUGGGCUUUGAGCAUGAGAGAAUCCACAUUGAGACCUCAUCUGUCUUAAUCCGUCAGUUACCUAUAUCCAUGGUCAGAAAGCCUGCUGACUGGGUCUCUGGACCUGUCACAUUUGGUGAGAGCCCUAUGAAGAACCCCUUUAUACCAGUGGAGGCUACAGAGGUGUUGAUGGGCAAACCUAGGGACUUCCCCUCCUAUGGCUGGGAUAAUGAAUAUCCACAACUUCAUUCCAGUGUACCAAGCUUUGAGGCCAGUAAAUUCCUGAUCACUAAUAGGGAGUUCCUAGGUUUCGUUGAGUCCAAGGGAUAUGAAAAUGAGAAGCUUUGGAGUAAAGAAGGCUGGAAGUGGAGGACAUUCCGUCAAGCAAUCCACCCAACAUUCUGGGUGUGUGAUAAAGGUUGUGUAUCAGGCUGUGGAGGGGUAUUGGCUGGUUACUCACAUUGCAAGGCAGAUCAAAACCAGAAUGUAUCCACCUACAGGUACCGAUCGUUUUGUGAAGAGACUGCUAUUCCCUGGGAGUGGCCUGUAGAAGUGAACUAUCAUGAAGCUAAAGCGUAUGCAGCAUGGAAAGGUUCAGACUAUAGACUGCUAACUGAGGCAGAACACAACGCUCUUAGGGAUAGACAGGUUCCUGUCUCCAAGGGAAUUGAAUCAGACCUUAUUUAUGACAAAGAGCUCCACAAGAAAUGUAACCUCAACCUUGUAUUUGGCACUUCUACACCUGUUAACAUGUACCCAGCCAAUGAGAAGGGCUUUCAUGAUGUCUUUGGUAACGUAUGGCAAUGGGUAGAGGAUCAUUUUAAUGGGCUACCAGGCAGUGAGACACACUACCUCUAUGAUGACUUCUCUUCCCCUACCUACGAUGGCAACCACAACGUCAUCCUUGGAGGAUCAUGGAUAUCAACUGGUGAUGAAGCAUCCAGGUUUGCUAGAUAUGCCUUCAGGAGACAUUUCUUCCAACAUGCAGGAUUCCGUUUGGCUCGUUCCACAUCAUCAAUCCAAGAGCUACCUGUCAGACUUGUGCGCAACCCAGCCCAACAAGAUCACGAGGUAACGCUCCCCCUGGAUGACAUCAAUAAGAAGCUUGUUCUCACCACCAAUAAACAGUUACAUAUGGAGACCCAAAUCAAUGCGGAGGAACGUCUCUUUGAGGAGUAUGUCCUUGAUGAAAUCAACCUCUCCACAUCCCUGCGUAAGAUCUGUAUGGCUGCUGCUAAGAGACACGGAUCCAAGGUGGCAAAUGCCCUCGAUGUAGGAUGUGGGUGUGGCCGAUUGACCUUUGAACUUUCCAGAGAGGUUGAGCAUGUUAUUGGUUUAGAAUACUGUGAUGUGUAUCUGAAGUCUGCUGAGGAGCUCCUAUCCAAGAAACAGAAGUUAUUCUACUGUCCUAAAGAUGACUGUCGAAGACCUGCCAAACGUCUGAAGAGAUCAUCACAUGAUGGUUGCACCAUAACUGCCAAACUUCCUACAGAUACCAACCCUUCAAGAAUAACAUUGAAACAGUUUACUUGGAUACCCAAUGAGCUUAGUGGAUUUGAUCUGGUUGUACAUCAUUGCUUGGAUAGAGUGCAGAAUAAGAAAGCUUGGCUGAUUCGACUAUGGGAGAUUCUUACACCAAGUGGAAUUGCAGUAAUAUCUGGCCUCGGCGACUGGACAAGACAGAAGCUAGAACCCAUCAUUGGAGACAAAUUGCGGUACCUAGACACGAUUCCUGUUCAUUAUGGUUAUGAUUACUGGCUGACUGAACCAGAUAAGGAAACAUGGGUUACUGUCUGGUGUCUGAAGACCAGAGAAAGUGGGCAGUCCAUCUAGACUCAUCUGCAAAAAAACAAAGUCAGGCAUAUCAUGUAAAUACAAGUAUAAUUAUUCUUAAUUGCACUCUUCGAUGAUCUUUCAACUGAUUCUUCCAUCAUGAGGUAGAGACGGUUCCUAUAAUAUGGGAUGUCAUAGAUCACCAAUGAGAAAUAAUCAGUGGCUCAAAAUAUGCAGUCUAUUGAUGAAUUGCCUUUUCAAUUUGUUUCUUGAAGAUGGUGAUCUCAUAUAUAUAGGUUGUGAUCUUGGGAUGGCUAAUGCUUUAAAUCUGAUCUAUAAUCCUUAUUAUUUCCUUCAGAUUAAUUUACUUUUGGCAAAUCAGUGACAUUGGAUAUCCCUUCCAUUUUACUUUUGGCUCUAUGUCAAAGCAUAAAAUUCCUCUAAUUCAUUGAAUAAUUAUUAGGCCUAUCAUUUGCCACCUUGUUUUUUUUGUGUGUGUUUGUCAAUUUUAGGAGUAUUAAAACAGCACAUAAAUCCCAUGUAUGGGACAAAAUAUAAUCAAAAUGCAUUAAAUGGUCUUUCUAAGGUAAUAAUAAUAAUAUUGACUGGCUCUUUCGGGAUACAUCAAAUAUGUCGCCCUUAAAAGAACCAUAUUGCCCUCGUCUAAAGACUCUGGCCAAUAAGAUUCUGUUGUGGGCAACAUAUUUGAUGUUCCCCUCAAGGCCAGUCAAUAUUAUAUAAUUAACACCAAGUGUCAUGAUCUCUUACUAAUAUUCUAUGACUGAUAAGUUCUCAGAAACAUAAUUUUUUUUUCUGGAGUAUUUGAAUAUAUAUAUAUUAUACUUUAUUUUUACAAAAUUUUUCUUGUAUUAACUGUUAAUGCUUGAUAUCACAGUGUGUUGUUCAAUACCAUUAUGAUUUUAGAACAUUAUAUAUAUCUGAUACUAGUAUUCCUUGUCAGAUGAAGAUUGUUUUACAGUAAGUGCGCCCUCUGUGUUGAGACUUAUACAAGGUAAGAUGUACAAUGAGUCAAUCAGUCUGAAAUUAUCAGUCUGAAAUUAUGUUACAUAAAAGAUCAUUCCUGUAUGAUUACAUGAAUUCAUAUUUAUUAUAGAAAGAAGGUUUAUUCCAAACAAUCAUGCUACAAUCUGAAUUUGAUCAACCAACUCAAUAAUAAGUAUUACAAUCCAACUUAAGAAUUACCUAUAGUAUUCUAAAGAAUACCUAAUAUAUUAUAAAAUAACUACAUGUAAUGUAUAUGUAUGAAAUAUUGAUGUGUGGGUUUACUUGCAUUAUAGAAGUAAUUAUGUAAAUAUUUGAUGUCGGUACUUUCUCUUUAAGAAAUUGUAUUCCAGUCUGUUGUAUUUGGUUUAAUUUUUUAGGAAAUUCUUUCCACAUAAUGGCAGAUUGUUUAGUGCUUUCUCUUCAUGUAUGGUGAAAAACAGUAUGCACCUGAUUAUGGUUUAGAAUUAAAAGAAUAUAUAUAUUUCUUCAAAAAGUGAUUUUGGUAGGAGCAAAUAUAACAAAGUGUUUCCUUUGUUUUAAAGGGAUUGCUUUUGUUAGAUCAGUAUUUUAUAGAAGCAAUGCAUGUGGCAUUACAACUUGUAACAGCUGUUUUUGUACAUUUUUGUUAUGUAGUAUGUUUUCUAAAGCAGUCAUGUGUACAACAAAAACAAAAUGAUUUCCUUUCUGUAGGAUUUUUAUUUUUGACAACUUUAUACAGAAUGAUAUCGCAGAUCAGAGACAUUUGUAGAUUUUCAGUUGUCCAUACGAUGUUAUCCUAGGGGAAAAACAAGCCCAAAGAUGGCAGUAAAAUUUUUUCUAGUCAGCAAUUUUUCAGAUGAUCUGUGUAGGUUUGCAUGGUGGAGUUUAUAACAUGGAGAAGGUUUACAGGUCAGCAAUUUUUGUACAAGUAUUUUUGUGUACAUCAUGUGUGUUUGUUAGUCAUUGUGUUCAUAAAUGUGUUUAUAUUAUGAUACUUAUGUGCUAUGCACAUUAUGAAACUAUACUAUGAUUGCAAUCAUGUUGAUUGGGUGAAAUGAUUUAGUUCACCGAGUCAUUAGCAGACCCAUCUAACACAUCCAUGUGUGUAAGUGGUUUGCCGACCUGUAUUUCAGAAUAUAUUUUGAUAAUCUGGUAAUAUCAUUCCAUACCUGCAUCCAAUUGGGAAUAUUAAAUAAAACAAUUUAAUCAAAUUUGAUAAUCACAAUCAAACUAUUGCCUUUAUCUAUUUACACUCUUCCUUAAUCAAAAUGACUAAGUCAUCUUGUUUUAAUUGUAACCAUAUUACAUAUGCCAAUGAUUUCAUGUGUUGGUAGUUCUUACAUGCUUUGUAUGUAUAUCUUUUAAAGGGGGAUUGAACUGUGUGUUAUAAAUGCGUAGUCUUAAAAUAUAUACGUUUUCAGAUAUCUACUUAUACUACAGAGAAUAAAUUGACCUAUAAUUGUAUUUGUAUAGAGAAACUAAAAUGUUUUGAGAGGUAAAGUAAUUGUUUUGCUACGUGGUAACAUGUUUAUUGUGAUAUUAAAGUAUUGAGUACUAGAUAAUUAGCAUGUUAUCAUUCAAGUGGGUCUAUAUUACUAGACUGCACUAGCAUUAUGGGUCAGGGAACUAGCCAGGUAUGAGUAGUUGAGGACUCGAGAUGGCGCUAUUGGUUCGUAUCUGCUUAAACCCAACUAUCUGAAGUAAACACAAUGUAACCAAAGUAAUGUAGAUGUCUAUAUCACAUGCCUCCAUUGGUACACCUGUAUUUCUAAUAUCUGUAUAGAUCUGCUAAUAAGAUGUACAUGUAGGCUUUCCUGCACUCACAAGUAUUUUGUCUGUGAUGAAAUGUGAGUGAUGGUAAAGAAAAGAGGUGUUUUUGGUUCCCUGUGGGAAACAAGCAGCAAUGACUUCUUACAAGGUGCUUUAUGAAUACAAGGCUAAAACUUCCUCAUCAACGAGUAUUCAGGAGGAAGUUGAUCUACCAAAGAAUUCUUGAAAUUUUUAAGUCAUACUUACAUUCAUUAUCUUCACUUCAAUCUUUUCAUUACUGAAUUUAAAUAAUGUAUACAAGGUUAUUUUGGCAACAUGAAUGUCAUUUCAUAAUGCUGCGUAACUUAUGAUGUUAUGCAAUAUUGUUGCUGCUUCUUUUGCCAAAUGACAUUGCCCCAAUUUUACCUGUUGUAUUAUCGUGGGAGUGAAUUUCCUAUGACCUUUAUGAAUGUUGGACAGUUUCAUUACUUUUCAUCUGUGGUCUCGUAAGGUUAGUGAUUGAUAGUAUGCUUCAAUCUUAUGAUUGAUUAUAUAUCAGAGUCAAUGCAAUCAAUCGUAAAGAUAUUCUUGAUUGCUAAGCUUUGCGUUACAGGCCCAAUAUGUUUAUUCUAUAAAAAAAUUCGAUCUUCCAAGAUCUGAUUUUAACUUUAGCUGAUUGGGAAUCUGAAACAGGUUACCAGUCAUGUGACAAGUCAUGUGAUUAAUCACUCAAAGCUUACAAACAGCUUUAUGAAACAUCACAUGACAGUGUAGAAAAGUUUGAACUCAAAGUGCUCAUGCGAAGUGCACAGUUACAUUGAGUUCCAUUAUCUUGAGAUAUGAACUACUCAAACACUCCCAUAAUCCUUACCAACAAAUGCUACAUAUUAAUCAUGUCAUAUGAUCACUAGCAUACCUGAAGGGGGAGGGGUGCAGAAUACCCCUCUUCACCAAUGUUGACCUUUUUUGUGCAUGUCAGAAAUGUUCAUGUUGGUUUCGGAAAUGAUGGCAAUAGUUUGACCUCUUCUUUUUAGUUGUCAUAAAAUGUGGUUAAAGCGAAAGUGCUGCCAGAUAUUAUGGUGACCUUUCACCCCUCUUCUUUUUAGUUGUCAUAAAAUGUGGUUAAAGCAAAAGUGCUGCCAGAAAUUAUGGUGACCUUUCACCCCUCUUCUUUUUAGUUGUCAUAAAAUGUGGUUAAAGCAAAAGUGCUGCCAGAAAUUAUGGUGACCUUUCACCCCUCUUCUUUUUAGUUGUCAUAAAAUGUGGUUAAAGCAAAAGUGCUGCCAGAAAUUAUGGUGACCUUUCACCCCUCUUCUUUUUAGUUGUCAUAAAAUGUGGUUAAAGCAAAAGUGCUGCCAGAAAUUAUGGUGACCUUUCACCCCUCUUCUUUCUCAUUUUCAGAAAAUGUGUGACCAGCCACCCCAAUAAAUGGCUAAAAUAAAAAUGUUGGUCUUCAAAAAGGAAAAAUUGGUUUGUGUUAAACAGUAAUCUUCUUCAUUCUUUCAAAUCUGCAAAAAAAUAGUUGAUAAAAGACAAGAUUCAGGUGUUUUUUAAAUAGAAUUUCCCAAGAUUGCACAGUGUUGCAUGCUUGAGUAUCAUUGUUCAAAUUUUACCAGUUUUAAGUCACGUUUACACCUAGGAUGUGCUUUUUCAAGCUUAAUAAUAAUCUUACAAAUUUAUUUUGGGCGACUUAUUGUUGUUUUUUUGCCGGUCACUUAUUGACUUUCGUGAUAUUUUCCAGGUAUGCCACUGCUUAUUAUUAAUUUCAUUUUUAAACAAAUGAUUAAUCAAUCCAACUUAAUCCUAACCUUUUUUUGUGGCUGUCAUGCUGCGAAGAAACCGUAGGAUUACAGUUUGACUAUAAACAAACAUUCCUAUUUUCUGAUGAAGACCAAAAUGACCAAUGUAGUAUGACACUUGAUUAAACAUUUUUAUUUACCUUAUGAAAUACUUAUUUGUAUUUGUUAUUGAUGAAUAUGUGCAGCAGCUGUUAAUGCAAUCAAUCUAGUUUAGGUUUGUAAAAUCUGAACUAAACUAGAGACCAGAAACAGAUAUUCUAAUUAUUGUCAUCAAUUAGCAAAUAUUUUUAACAUGCAACACUUUAUAUACAGUAAUUAAAUAACUACUUAUUUUGGAUAAUAAUACAAUUCAAGCAGCUCUA